CCCACGACCGGUCUGAGGCACUGUCCUCGCGUCUGCUUUCUCUACUCGAGCACGAUGGCGCCGGCGAUGGGCAAACUGCGCCGCGACGCCCCGGACCCCUUCUCGACCCAGGCCGGACAGCAUCCCCUGCGCGUCGUAGCGUGCGGCACCCUGUUCCUGACGCACACGCUCUCGCUCGCCAGCCACCCCGAGCCGUCGGCCGUCGUCCGCGCGCACUCGGUGGAGCACGCGCGCGGCGGCUCCGCCAACACGUGUCUGUCCGUCCUCGCGCAGUUCCCGGGCGUCGACGCGAUGCUCGUCGCGCCGCUCGGCGGAAACGAGGAGGGCAGGAUGAUCGUCGCGGACCUUGAACGCGAGGGCGUGAGCACCAAGUUCUGCAAGGUCUGGGAACAGAGCGGCGUGCCCAGCGCGUGGGUCCUGCAUGCCGAUGAUACUGAUAGCAGGACUGUUAUCAAUAACAACCCUCUGCCCGACAUCACGCACGAAGAAUUCAUCUCGCUCCUAGGACCCCUCCUUGUUCCCGAGAACUAUACCUAUCAUGCCUCAGCCCCGCACUCGCCUCCAGCGGGAAACCCUUCUGUACCUGGCACGAUCGGUGGUCCGAGUGUGCCGCGACCUUCGCUAUCAGGUGCAUCAGCAUCAGCGGCUCGCAUGCCGCUCAACAGUCCUGCGCCACUUGACUGGAUUCAUUUCGAAGGCCGCUCUGUCAAGACGACGCUGAGCAAUAUAGUCGGCGUGGACGGCUUGGCGCGGGAGCGCAAGUGGAGAAGCCACUGCGUACUCAGUGUCGAUGUCAGCAGGCGCGCUCGACAGGGAAUCGAGGCGCUAAUUCCGCAUGCCGACGUCGUCUUCCUCAACAAACACUAUGCACGCGCCCACUCGCCGCAUUACGCGUCUUCGCCUCGUGCGUUCCUUCUGUCACUUACGACCAUAGCUCCGCCGCACGCGCUCCUAGUCGCACACUGGGGUUCCGAAGGCGCCGCCGUGCUGUCAGUGCCCACCAAGGAAUACUUCCAGAGUUCCGGCUGGGUCGACCCUUCGGUACUCGCGACGGCGCCAGGGCCCACGCCCUCGGCCACAGCGAACCCUGUCCAAACGCCGGCACGGCAGGUCGGCGAGGUGCAGAGCGUCCGGAGCGGCAGCGACUUCUGGGCGCGGGGACACCACACCGAGUCCUCGAGCGAGUUCACCGCGAACCUGCGCUCGUCGUCUUCGGACGCGGCGUCGCCUUUCCUCCCGACGCGCGGCGCGGGCCUGCCUGCGCGGCGUCGCCGGCCUCGGGCGGACUCGGACUCGGACGACGACUCGACGGACUCGGGUGGCACGGAGGUCGGUCGCCCCGCCGCGAACGCCGGGGCGGGCAGCAGCACGGGCGGCGCGUCGGCCGCCGUGGCGAAGGCUGUCGUCGACGAGGUCGGCGCGCAAGACGCGUUCGUCGCGGGGAUGAUGUACGCGCUCAGCCGGCGGCUGCUGCCGGGCGAGCCGUACACGCCGUCGGCGGUGUCGCGGGACGCGGGCGGGGUGACGAGCGUGCGCGGCGCGGAGCCAGACAGGGACCGCGACCGCGGCCAGUGGCGCCUCGAGGAGUGCCUGAGGUUCGCGACGGAGCUCGCGGGGAGGAAGGCCCGGAGGAAGGGCUGGGAAGGUUUGGGCGAGGAGAUGGCACAGGCGGGGUGGUUUGAGGCGACUUGACAUGCGUCUCCGGAGCUUGGCCCGCAGAUCCCCGCCUCCAUACCCUGCCAACUACGACUCCGCGCGGUGCUGCUCAUUUUUUUUUCAACGUUACUUCCUGCAUACUCGGCCGCCGUCAGCGGCGUGUGCUGGCCCCGGGUAUCAUGCCCCGCCGAGCACGGAUUGAGAUACCCCGACCACGUAUAUUUGUUCGCGUCCCG